CAUCCCGAUUUGAAAAAGUCAGUUAAAUUUUUCAAUAUUGUCGACGAUUUCGCCUAUUUGUAUUUUUGUAGAUAAUAUACCUACAUAUUUUACAUUUUCAUCUUUAAAGCUCUUACCGGUUGUUAGAUUUUAAUUAUUAUGACUUAUAAAAUCCGAGUAGUUGCAGAAUGCUAAUUAAUCGAGUACCUGAAGAGGAAAGUGGAAGGGUGGGGGAUGCGGACAUGCAUUUGGAGGACAACUCCGCUGAGUUUCAAACAGCUGAAGAGAUUUAUCAGAUUAUGGCCAAAGAUAAUACCUUCGAAGGUGAUGGUGAUAAGGCGCUUACUACCCGUGAUUUGGUAAUCCUGUAUAAGAAUAUAGACAUCGAUACUAAACUAGUAUCUUCCACUAAUAAACAGACAAGUAAAAGACCCAAUCAAUACGUCGAAAAUGUAGUAUACAACGACGACAGAGGCUCUGAAGGAUCGGAUUUCAGUGAAGACAUCAGUAAUGGAGACUUUAAAAAUGUUUUUGCGAUUAAUGAAGAAAGAAUAGACCUUUUGAAUAACUUUGGAGAUACACUUUGUCAUAAAUUUGGCGAUAUGCAGAUACGCACAUCUGAUUUAAAUAUUGAGUACGACAAACACUUUUUGUUCAAUGAUCCAAUCAUCAAAGGACAACUAAAAAGUUUUCAUAAGAUAUCUAAACCUAAGCAGUCUGACAGUACAGUUCUUCCAGCAUCGCUCUUGGAUUAUAUUUGCUGCAAACGUAUUGAGGAUAAUUAUGAUUUUUAUAUAGAUAACAUUAUUAAAUAUGUGCAAAACACAAUCGAACAGCUAAAACGUAUAAGUAAUGGUGAGUACUUAACUGAAAAGGUUAAAGAGAAAUGGAGAGAAGUUUACGAAGACAAAAUCACAACACCUGAAGAUAAAUCCCAACUUAGAAAGAUAGUUUUGGCGAACUCUGUCAGCAUACCACUACGCGUAAAGGAGAAACGUACUGAUCAAAGACUCACAUGGGAUGAUAUAGUCCAUUCUGAAAUGGAUGUCAGGUCUCUCUCUAAAAUAUUGGAAAAGAAAGUUAUCGUGGAGGUCCCAAAAAUAAUUUGUGGCACUUACAGCUUAUUUAGCAAACGCUGCAAAGACAAUCUUAUUAUAACAUGCAAGAAAGAUAGAGAAGAAGAGUCUCGUGUAGACGUAGUGUUAAAAUUGCAACGCUCUAACUCGGGUCAUGUCAUUAGUAAUAUUGAUUCAAUUAUGAUUUUAAAAUCUUUACCUGCCAUUGCUUCUGAAUCAGAGACUCAUUCAAAUAAUCUGCUAGCGCUAGAAUUUGAAAAAUUUAAUGCCUUAGAUAAAAAAGUAGAACAAGAAACUGAAAUGAAAUCAGAUGAAAACACUGAAAAAAUUCUUCCAAAUGACACAACAGAUCAAAAACUAAAACAAGAAAUUAAAAUUGAAUCAAAUGAAAACAUAAAAGACGUUCCUCCAAAUAAAACAGCAUACUGUAAUUUAGCAGCAGAUAAAGAAACAGAAGCUGAGAAGUUUUCAGAGAAUGAUUAUGACUCUCUACCGCAAAGCGAUUGCCAAGAAGAUAAUGAAUGUGAUUCCAGCGGAGCUGAAGCUGACUUUAGCACAAUUGCUACCGACGAUCUACAUUCUAUCAUUCAUCGACUAAGCAAGCAGACACCUGUUAUAGAAGAGAGCGAAGACAAUAUCAAAAGAAAGUCACCGAUGAGGGUGAGAAUUAAAUCUCCCUAUGAAAAUAAGUCAUAUGCUAUAGAAGAGAAAAAGAGGAAAAAGCUUUUGGAGAUUAGAGAGAAGCGAGAACUCAAAAAAAAUGCAAUGAGCGAGAACUGUAGAAUAAAGAAACAUAGGAACGGAAGAGGUUCCAUUAUGGUCCAAUCGUCUGACUCAGUCACAAAGUUAUCAAUAACAAACAAGUAUUUUUAUAACUCAAUCUAUGGGCAUCCUGUGAAAAUUAAUACUAGAAAUUCUCAAAGAUAUCACAAAGAUCAAACAAGGGUUGCUAUUCCCAAGAUACAACUAAAAGAUGAUGAUGAAACUCAAUGUAAAAGUUCUUCUCCUCCUCCUUCUUUAGUGUCUCCUGAAAAAAAUAACCAAAAGUAUAUUAACCGCAGUUAUUACUUAGAUGACGCAGACACGGAAGUUAUGUACCUGCAAAGGAAAGAAAACGAAAGUCAAAACUUAACAAAUGAUGCAUCUACACCCCCAGCAGCUAAUGAUAUUGGUGUUAAUUUAAAUUUUCUCAGGCGAUUAAUUUCUCCAUCUACAACAGACUUCAGUUUGACAAAUACUUCAUCUAGUUUGCAACAAAAUGUUUUACGCGAUGAUAGUUUUGUCAAUACUGAAAAAGAAAUAACUCAAAAAAAUGCCUUAAUGUCAACACGAAGUACUCAAGUUUCAGUUCCGGCAAAUUUACCAAAACUAGAGGUUAAUUAUACACAAGUUGAAAAUUGUAAAACUACGUCUUCCGUAGAGUGUAGAAGAAGUAUUGAUAAAAUAUAUGAUCUUAUAAAACAAAUAGGUAAAACGGACAGCUUGGAGGUUAUGCCUACUUCAAGUAAAGCCGCAACUAAUAUUGAUAAAUUAAAUAUAACAUGUGGUAAAGGUAAUUCUAAAGAUCAAGCCACUGAUAGUGGAACUAGCAUCAAACAUCAACUAACUUCCUCUAAUCCUAGUAGUUGUUGUUUUGAAAAGCCAAAAACUGUAGUAAAAACUUCGAAAGACUCUAAGAAGAAAUACGAGAAUCCCACGUCCAUUAUUCCGAAAAUAACGAUUGGUUCAAAACCAGCAAUUAACAAAAUUAACAAUAAAGCAAAUAAUAAAGAAUUUAAAAAACUAUCUUGUAGCAAAAUUCAGGAAAAUCCAUUAAAAGCUAUAUCUCAAUUGAUUCACGAAUUUGACAACGUCCAAAAGACGACUGUUAAAAAUGAAAAGGAACCGAAAAAGAACAAAAAAACUGAAAGUUUAACUACUCAAGAUAAAAGCAGCUUUCGACAAAAUUUUCUCAAGCGAAUGUCAAAACGAGAUCAGUAUUUAAAGGAAUCUGAAGCAAUAUCCUCAAAAAAGUCAGUCCUUAUAGAAAGGAAACGUCAAGGCACGGGAUAUGGCCCUCCCAAAAUUACACAGCAACAAUUACAACACGAAGAAGACUCUUUAGAUACGAACAGAAAAAAAAUUGCUGAUAUUAUUGAUGAAGUGAAAGAACUUAGGGGAGAAGCAGUGCGUGGCCCUUCAAGAAAUCUGGCAAGAUUAAAUAGCUUAGCGCAACCUAAAAAAUCAAAUCUACAGUCCCAACAGGAAGAACCCCUAAAUAGAUUUGGAAAACGAGUAAUGGACAGAUUGUCUAAACCAACGCCCCCUACACCGAAUCCCGAGAAAAGUAUAGGCUUGACAAGAACUAAACAGAGAAAAAUAUAUGAUGAACUACCCUCAUCUACAAAGCAACCACAUUCAGCUGGAUUGCCCACAGAAAGGUUGUCAAGAGCUAAACCACAUAACACAAAUAAUAAUAGUCCUAACCGAGAUGGAUUUGGUAAACGAUCUCUGGGACCUGUCGGCAAACCAACAUGUAUCCAUGGAAAUGUUAAUAAGUUACCCGAGGAACUAAAAGGAAAGAUGGUAGCUGUGGAAACGUAUGUGAAGAGUCACUAUGGACGCGAUUCGCGUUCACUAGAGACCGGCAAUUCUUACAGCGCACACAAGUCGAGGGUCCCUUUGAUACCCAACGACCUCGAUGUGGUGUCUUUGACGUCAUCUCCGUCUACCAAAGAAGAAUCUUCUACUCUCGGCAAAAAAUUACACAGCAUGGUUGAUUCUAUGAUUAGCAGCACUAUGCCUGUAUUAGGUGCCGUCGCUGAAUGCAAUGAGUCCGUAUCUAAAGCGAGUGAUGGUUUUGAUGAUACUUCUAUAGAAAAAAGAUCGAAUUCUGAUGAAAUUAUACUAUCGAGCUCUGAUUAUCCAGUCGAUAUAUUUGAAGAUAAAAAUAUAGUUACGGCUGUGUCAGUUAUUUCGUUGGAGCAGAAAGACGAUGAAAUAGCCAAUUGUAAUAUAAAUAUGUGUGAAACUAACCAACCUUGUCCUCCUAAUGAGUUACAUAAUCCAGAAAGUGAAACGUGUCAUCAAAUACAAAAUGGCACAUUUCAAAAGUUAAUGAGAGGUAAAAAUUUAAUAUUGAAUGUUACACCUAAGCAGUCCAUGGAAAAUCUCUUGACUUUGCGAUCAGAAGAUAAGAGCUCGCUAGUACUUAAAUCGAAAUUAUCACAAGAUAUAAUAAAUGAAAAAACAGAAACUAUUACGGAACUCAAAAUUCUACCUGUACUAUCUAAUACCUGUUUCACCAACUUCAAUUUCACUAAUUUUCCCAUGCAGAUAGCAACCAUAGGUUACGCUUUACCACAAUAUCUGGUUAAACAUGAUUCUAAAACUAAAAUUCGUCUAUUAGAAAAUGAAGACUCAAGGUCGAAAAACUUAAAAGCUGUGUUAUCAUCUGAAAAUGUAGUCAAUGCAAAAUUAAGCAAAUCUAUUCGGUGUUUUAAGGAUGUGGUUAAAAAAACAUCUCAAAAAACAACUGAAAGAGAAUCCAUUAUUUGUCUACUUAGAGAUGAAAAUAAAAAUGAGGUAAGUUUAGACAACCAUGAAGAAUUCGUUAUUAAGAUACAGAAUAAUGAACGACAGACACAAGAUAAUAGUGUCAAAACUAAAACCAGUAAUGAAGAUAUAGUUGUUGCAGAUAUUGAAAAAUCUAACAUUAGUAAUUCAACAUCACUUGACAUUUUAGUGGGACUUUUAAAUGAAAUUAAAAAGAUAACUUCAUAUCAAGCUCACAUAUCCAAGCAAGAAGACACCUUUCAUACUGAUCUUGAAAAGAAAGAGUUGGAGGUCAUACUUAACAAUGUGUCUAUAAAAGAGAGUUCAGUAGAUCAAAGCGUUGAUAAUGCGAUAUCUUUGCAUUCUCUUGAUAAAUUACAAAAACUAGAAGUGCGUGAUAGUAACUUUUUAUACUUAUUUCCUAACAUCGAAGACCACAACAGAGGCAAAAAAACGUCCGACAAAAAUAUAACUACAAAUGAUACUUUGCUUUGUGGACCGUUGGAUAUGGAUAAGGAAAUAAAUACAAAAUUCAGGCAAACUGAAUGUAUUAAUAGGUUUACUGAAGCACCGUCCCGGCCUUUCCCAGUAUCUGUCAGCACGAAUAUAACCGAUUCUCUUAUCAAACUCAUAAACAAGCCUUCUUGUCUUUCCAUAUAUUCUGUUACUGAUUGCGAAAGUUUCACAUUACUAGCGAAUGAAAUUAAGGAAGUACCUUCAAAGCCCCUGAAAAAAUCGACUGAUAGUGUAUCUCCUCUUACGACAUUAAAAAUUCAAUAUAUAAACGAAAAAGAAAAAUACAAAGAUAUAAAGGAGCAAAAUAGUCAUUCUCUUAUUGAGUUUGAUCCUCUGAUGAAAAUGAAAAGGGAUAUAUUAGUAACGGUCUAUUCAAUUCUUGUAUUGACCGUGUUUGCUGCUUUGUCGUUUCCCGAAAUAAUGUAUCGUGUGUGAAACUUUGUUACAUAAUAAUAAUAUGUAAUAUGCUUGUAUUCAAAGGACAAAGCUAUCAUUUUUACUAGAGCGUGAGUUUCAAGGCUGGAUUUUUGUGUAAUAUAACUAUAUUCAAUAAUAGUAAACAAUUAAAAAAAUCACGACCUAGCAGGAUUAGCACUUAUGCCACUGCUGCUACUUCGUAUUAACAACCAGAUAUACCUCUUUAAUGAAUUUAAUAAGUAAAGCUACACGAACCUGUAGCCUUGUACUUCGCAUAUCGAGGUGGCGGCCAGCUCUUAGAGUAUCUAUCACCGAAAGUGGAGGAGAGCGGAGACGUGUUCAGUAGACCAAUCAUACAAUUGAUUGAGCACGUGAUAAUUUUAUCACGUCAUCUUAAUAUAAUUGAUGAUUGGUCUACCUAUUUGAAAGGUUUCAGCUAUGUUUCAGCAGCGAGUCACCCUAAAAUGUAAAAGAUUAAUUUUAUUUGUGUAAAGUUUAUAAAUUGAUUGUUGAAUUGGAUAAACUAAUAUUUUGAUGGUUAUUUAUUUAUUCUGAUUAAAAGUUUUAAA